AUGGACACCAGAACCUCCAUCUCAUCCAGAUUGGGCAGGCUGGUUAUGGAAAGACCUGGCUCAUUUGAUGUUGAGGGUGUUUUUGAUGUUGGGAAUUCUAGAACAGGUGACAUAAUGGCCAGCUCUGAACUUCAAGAUGCUUUAAACGAUGCAGCUACACAAGGAAAAGUAAACUUGAUAGAAAGACUUGGUAACAAAUCCCAAAAUGCCUCUAGAAUAUAUCAAGAACAACCUGAGAAAGAUUUCAUUUCAGAACAAGCUUUACAAACAUGUAGGAAAAAAAGAAAAAAUUCGAAGUGUGUCAGCCAGGUUGUUUCCAGUGAUAUCCAGUCUCAGUUUAAAUAUAUAGAACGUACAGUAAGAGGUCCAGAAGGUAAGGAUGUAGUAUUACAGCAUCGACAUUCACAAGGAGCACCUGCCGGCCUAGUUAAGAGUUCAAACCUCGGGGGUAGUGAUGAUCCAGCUGAACAGGGUGGAGAUGAGGAUCAAGAACAUCUGCAGCUAGUGGUUGAGCAUGUUGCUGAUGAUUGUACACUUGAUUCAGCUGCCAGUGACACUAAAGGAGGGUCUGUAGGUGGUGAUGGGGAAAAGCAUCAAACAGUGGUAGGACCAAGGAAGGGUACCACAUUCAUAGUCACACUCGAUGGAGUGGAUGAAAGUCAGUUUGAUUCCAAAAAUGUUGAUGAAGUACAUUCAGGCUGUGAAAUAGCCCAAUCAAGACAAUCUGCCUUUGAAAAAGUUCAUGCAGAACAGUUAGAAAAUUCUGGUACUAUGUUUAGAGAAUCAAACCUAGGACAAUUUGAAGACUCUGGUACCAUGCCGGAGAAAUUCAGGUGUCCUGCUGCAUCGGUGACUGUAACACCAGUGGUGCCCUCUGUCCUGAAGCAGCUGUGGCAGGAGCAGAAGCUGCUCUUGGAUCUUGAAGCUGCCAGAUCUGAGCAUCUAAUUUUACAGCAGGUGCAGUCUCUGAAAUGGGCAGCAGUUGUUCCUGAACUGCUUUCUUUAAAACCUCAGCAUACAUUACUUGAGGUGAAAGAUUUUGAUGCUGAUACAGAUGAAAUAGCCGUGGAAGAUCAUGGCACAGCAGAAGACAUAGCGGAUGAGGAAGAUGGAUCAUCCGCUUAUGAGCAGCCGAAACUAGAGAGGUGUAAGUUCUGGCCAGUAUGUGCUGCAGGUGGUUCAUGUGGGUACUAUCACCCAACAGCACACUGCAAGAUGUUCCCGAAGUGUAGGUUUGGAGAUAAGUGUUUGUUUAUUCAUCCUAACUGCCGAUUUGAUUCCAGGUGUGCACGCCCAGACUGCCCAUACACCCAUAACAGCAGACGUCAGUCAGCUUGCAUCAGUAGUGCUUCUUUUAUCAGAUCUCAGUCACAUUUUGUGCCCUCUCCGCAACCAUAUAAACCUCAUCUUCUUCAGCCUGCCUUCUCAAGUUCUCAGCCAACUUGUCGUUACUUCCCCAACUGUAAGAACAGAAACUGCCUGUUUACACAUCCCAAAUUAUGUCGGUUUGGCUUGGCAUGCACAAAUCUGUCAUGUCCAUUCUUCCAUCCUUAUAUGCCUAAUAAGAAAAUGCUAAAGUGGCAGAACCACUGCGGCAAAGUGAAAGAAGUUUCACUUGAAACGUCAAGCAGAAUCAGAACUACUGUUUCCAGAGGUCCCGGCUCUACAAAGACAAGUCGUCCAACAACAGUCUCCUCCACAAGCCAGUAG